ACUGUUCGUGGCGGUAUCUAUCAAUUUAUCGCUCAUUUAAAGCGCACAGAAUUUGAUUCUUAGCAACAAACCAUUUUCCUGUAUUAAAGACAUUCUAAUAUUACAUGUGUUCUAAUGCGUUGUUCGUGUUGGAAUCUAUCUUUAAGAGCCUGCAGAAUAUUUUGCAAAUGCGAUUGUUAUGGACUUUUUGUGUGAAGUGUCGUAAAAUGUUUUAAGGUUGGAUUUUUAUCAAAUCCGACUAUGCAUUUUGGGAAGAGGCGUAUGUGAGGCAUUCAGUUAGUUUGUUUUUCUCAUCUUUUUGAAAAUAAUUAGAACGAUGGAAAACAUAACGUAGUAGAUGAGUGCUCGUGGAGACGAGCCCCGCCCGAGGGCUACAAUUUCAGGAAAAACUUCAACGCUUCAAGAAAAGGUGGCUCAUUUUUACUACGCCCAUGGUUUAUUUUGUAGUACGUACCCUAGAAGUUUGGUUAUUAUUGCCAUUUCUGUUACUGUGUUAUCUUGUUAUCCGUUAUUAAAUUUGCCGCUCCCUGGAAAUUCUCCACUGCAGAUAUGGACAUCUAGUAUAAAUUCCAGUUCAACAACGCAACCUUUUUGCUAUAUUCAGCAAGUAGUUUUAAAAAGUACCGUGCUACCGUGGGGUCCUGACUUAAAUUUAGGUGAUGCGUUUAGGGCGCCUUUGUACGAAGCUUUUAAACUCUUAGAAAUGGUACGAAAUUACCAAGACGAAGAUUCUUCUAAGACGUUGGGUCAUGUCUGCUUACAUGUUGAAUCAAUCAGAAGACAUAAAGAGGCUUAUAAAAAUAUAUUGCCCGAAUACAGUUGUUUGGUUUUAUCACCAGCAAAUUUGUGGCAUCAAGAUGUAUUACGUUUCUCCCAAGAUGAUUCUUUACUCACUACAAUUUUUAAUCAUCAUAAUUUUCAAAAAGGCAAAACAUCUGUAACGGAAAUGAUGUUCGGAAUGAAAGUGUUCGAUACCGGUAUAAAAAGAUAUCCACUGAGGAAUAGGUAUAGAAUAAUUCAGUAUGCUGUUACGUUAUUUUUAAAGGAGUACGACCGAAAGUUUAUUGACGGUUUGCGGUUAAAAUUACAGUCUACAUAUCCUCUUCAUCAGACUAUAGAUAAUGAGACUGAAAAUUAUACUGCUAUGUUGAAUGAUACGCUCGUAAUUCAGUACCCCGGUGAAAUUAAUUUUGUUGAAUUUAUUCCUAUAACUUUAUCGUUUUUAAUACUUUUCCUGUAUUUUUAUUUCUCUUUCAGAAAAAUUGAACUCAUUUAUUCAAAAUUUGGAAUGGCUUUCACUUCAGUUGUUACAUUAGCGGCUAGUCUUACUAUGACCUAUGGACUAUGUUUUUUCUUUGGACUUACUUUAAAUCUUGAAGGAAAAGUGGUGUUUCCAUAUUUAGUUUUACUGGUCGGACUGGAAAAUGUACUAUGUUUGACAAAAAGUGUGGUGUCAUCUCCAUUACAUUUAGAUGUAAAAAUUCGUAUCGCACAAGGCCUGAGUAAAGAAGGAUGGUCGAUUACUAAAAAUCUUUUUCUGGAAAUUACUAUUUUAACUUUCGGCAUUUUCACCUUCGUUGCGGUGAUACAAGAGUUCUGCAUAUUUGCGGUAGUGGGUUUAGUGACAGAUUACUUUAUGCAAAUGAUUUUCUUUUCAACUGUAUUGGGUAUUGAUAUAAGAAGGAAGGAAAAUAUUGUGGAAAAGAGUAAUUUUAAUUUUCGAAGUAGUUUAUACCAAAGCCAAGCAUUCUACGACAGGUCAUCAAGAGAUAGCGGCAUGAGGCGUUCGAAGUCACAUCCGAGAUUGAAUUCGUUUCAUGCCAACAUCGUAGCCGGUCAGGUGCAGGGUGCCCAAGAAAAGAAAAUACCAAAAAGACUGAAACUUGUACAUAUAUGGACUAGAACACGAUUUUUUCAUCGAGCUUUUAUGAUACUCAUGGUGGUUUGGAUAGGCAAUAUUGCAUACAAUAGUGGCAUUAUUGAACAUUACGUAUUAAAUAACAGUUAUUUUCAUAACAAUGUAGAAGAACAAAGCCGCACUGAUUUAGAACAAAACUAUUCAACUAUCAAGUUAUUUCCUUUACUGAAUACCAACAAUUCAUUCAUCGACAGGAUUAGUUAUGUAACUCACAGCCCUCUUAAUUACAAAUACCAACAAAACCAAACGUACGAUUUUGAAAAUUUGAAACAUUCCGAUUACGCACCGUGGUUAAAACUGUCACCUCAACAUUGGUCAAGUAUUGUUCGCAAGUACAAUUUGUCAUUAAGUGGACAUUCUGUUGCCAUACUUCCGAAUAUUAAGAUAUCACAUGUAAUACGUCCAGAACAAGCAAUCCUUUUAAGGAACCCUAAUGAAAAAUAUGGAGAGAAGUUCCAGUGGCAAGCAUUAGCAGCGGCUUUAGACCCCAUAGACUUCAAUGGUAUGGAAACCGGCACGAUAAAAACUGUCAUACCUCAGUCGGAACAACCUUUCUACCCUACAUCAGUUUUUGCCAUGAUUUUAAUUGCUAUUCUCUGUUUGAUAAGCGUGAUAGUUUUGGGAUACAUUGUAGUAGUUUUUUACCGUUGCAUUUGUUCUCGAAAUUAUGCUGAAUGGCGGGCGUCGUGGUUUAGUAGCGAGAAAAGUGAUGAAAAUGUAGAAGAUCAAGUACUUCUUGAAGCCAUGCCUGUGGUGUUAGAAGGACAUCAACAAGAAAUUGAGUGUAUUGCAACAGAUGGCGUUAAUUUAGUAAGUUCUUCGUUGGAUGGUCAGUUGAAAGUUUGGGAUAGCAGUACUGGAGAACUUCUCGCUAACGUUGAUCGAAAAUCCUACUUUCGAGGCACGUUCAACUUACAUGACUGUAUGUCAGAUUGCGAUGAUGACAACUCCUCAGAUUACGAAUCCGGUUCACCACCCUCUCGGGGUGAGACGUACCUUUUUCCAUGUCUCAAACAACGGAUUAACACCAGUUUUUCAAAUAAAGUUGAUAACUCAAAAAGCAGCUCCUAUGAUGCCAAAGUUGAUUUUAAUAAAACCUACCGAGAGUUGUAUUUUUAUCGUGAUAUACCCAAAGUGAAAAGCAGAAUGAAAGAAAUGAAAAGGGCCAAAGAAAGUAAAUCGCUUAGUUUUAGUGAAAAUAAUCAAAACUUUAGUGUUAAGAAAAAUAGUUUAGAAACUUUGGGUGAUACACCUUUGAAACUAGGUGACAGUAAUGUAGAUUUGAAUACUAAAUUAUCACCAAUUUGGUGUAUGGAUUAUUUGGACAACCUCAUUGUUAUUGGAUGUGCUAAUGGUCGAUUAGAAUUUUGGGAAGGCAGUACAGGUCGACUUAAGUCUAUAUUUGAAGAUGGUACCGAAGUGGGUAUCAAUAACUUGAAAAUUGUCGGUUCAAAAAUAGUAGCAUCUAGGUUGUAUGGCACGCUAGAACUCUUUCAGAUGCAAACUUACAGUCAUGGUCGUCCAAUCGAUUGGAAUUUUACGUGCGCUUACAGAAGAACCCAUGUGAGGACUGGUUCAGUCGGAUCAGUACCUGAACAAAAUACUUUAGUUUCUCCGGAUGCCAAUGUCGAAGAAGAUUUUCGUUGCUUAAAAGUUAUGAGUGUUAAGGCACAUCAACAACCAAUUAUUUGUCUUGACUGUGAAGGAGGAAGAAUAGUAACUGGAAGUCAAGAUCACACAUUAAAAGUUUUUCGUUUAGAAGAUGGGAGUCCACAGUACACAUUACAUGGCCACUGCGGACCCAUUACGUGCCUCUUUAUUGACAGAGUGAGUCCGGCAACUUCUGGAAGUGGAUCUCAAGAUGGUAUGCUCUGCGUUUGGGAUUUAUUGACAGGUGCAUGUAUGUACAACAUUCAAGCACAUGAUGGAGUGAUCACUUCAUUAACCUAUUCGGCAAGCUACGUAAUAUCAUUGGGUUCAGAUGAUCGGCUCUGUGUUUGGGAACGUUUUCAAGGACAUCUUCUCAACACCAUUUAUGUCUCUCAGACAUUCUCCAGUCAAGUGUUAAUGUUGGCACCGCAUCUGGUUGUGACAGCACGUAGUGGAGGUCUUGUUAUAUGGGAUGUGAGAUCAGGUGAAUGUGUCCGAACUAUUGCGUUAGGACGCUCACCGUUCAUAUUCAUCAAACAGUUGAUGUUAUUGCGGGAUGCAGUGUUCUGUGAUUACGGAAAUCAGUUGCGAAUUGUGAGGUUUCCUCUUAUCACUCACAAGUUUGAUUAGCUCACUGGUUUUUAUUUCACGACGUGCCUUCAUUUCAUAAAGAAUUUGUAAAAAGAGGUUUCGUCGAAAUUGUUACAUAAUAGAAAUCAGUUUUUGUUUUCGAGAGUUUUCGUACGUAAAGCGUAGUAACGUAUUGUAAAAAUGUUAUAAUUAGGUCUUUUAACGAGGUUUCGAAUACCUACCUGAUUUGUUUCCAAUUAACUUAUUUAUUUAUUUAGCGAAGAAGAGAUGCAUUUAAAAUGACUUUUUUAAAACGAGGUUCUGUUAAUCUAUUUUUAUAAUAAUAAAUAUUUUAAUUAA